AUGUCGCGUCUCCUUGAUGCCGGUCUCGUGGCUCUGCCCCUCCUGUCGGCCAUGCUCGGCGCCGCACCAGCAUCAGCACAGAGCACCUGCGCCACAAAGGGAAAGCCGUCCGGCCAUGUUCUACAGGGCUACUGGGAGAACUGGGACGGCUCCAGCAACGGAGUGCACCCGGGGUUCGGCUGGACGCCCAUCGGGAACUCGCAGAUUAGGGCGCACGGCUACAACGUCAUCAACGCAGCCUUCCCCGUGAUUCUCUCGGACGGUACGGUCCUGUGGCAGGACGGCAUGGACUCGGGCGUCAAGGUCGCCACGCCGGCCGAGAUGUGCGCCGCCAAGGCCGCGGGCGCGACCAUCCUCCUGUCCAUCGGCGGCGCGACGGCGGGCAUCGACCUCAGCAACAGUGCCGUGGCCGACAAGUUUGUCUCGACCGUCGUGCCGAUCCUCAAGCAGUACAACUUCGACGGCAUCGACAUCGACAUCGAGACCGGGCUGACGGGCAGCGGCGACAUCAACACGCUGUCGACCUCGCAGGCCAACCUGGUCCGCAUCAUCGACGGCGUGCUCGCCCAGAUGCCGUCCAACUUUGGGCUGACCAUGGCGCCCGAGACGGCCUACGUGACGGGCGGCAGCGUUGCCUAUGGGUCCAUCUGGGGCUCGUACCUGCCUAUCAUCAAGAGGUACGUCGACAACGGCCGCCUGUGGUGGCUCAACAUGCAGUACUACAACGGCGAGAUGUACGGCUGCUCCGGCGAUUCGUACGCCGCUGGGACCGUGGCCGGUUUCAUCGCGCAGACGGACUGCCUGAACAAGGGGCUCGUCAUCCAGGGCACGACCAUCAAGGUGCCCUACAACAUGCAGGUCCCCGGCCUACCCGCGCAGCAGGGAGCCGGCGGUGGCUACAUGGUUCCCGCGCUGGUGGGCCAGGCGUGGGACUACUAUGGCGGGAAGCUCAAGGGCCUGAUGACCUGGUCCAUCAACUGGGAUGGAUCAAAGGGCUGGACAUUUGGCGACAAUGUGAAGGGCCGCCUGGGCACGGCUUAG